UUUGAAGAUGCAUAAACGGUCAUCUUCAACCGUUCAUAAAGAAAGGAAAUGCAACUGUGCAUAUCAUUUGCAUCAGAUUGUGGAAAGAGUACGAAAAGAAGAAGGAGCAGAGCGGGAAGAAGACAUAAAACAAAACAACAACUGACAGCUGCAGCGAGCAAACGUCAACAAGCGGGCUUCGAAAGAGUAAAAAAUAAUAAUUGGAAAUGCAGAAAUCUGGAGUGUUUCCAGAGUAAAUUAUAGCUAGAACUAGUAUUAUGUAGUGUUAGUUAAAGCGAUUCCCUAAAGCAAUGAGUGUCGACGAGUUGGAUAAAUCGAUUCGGCAAUACAAAGAUCAGCUUGAUCAGAUUGCACAAGCUCUACAGCGCACCACCGAUGCAGAUGAGCGGAAAGAAUUGAAUAAACUGAAGCAAGAUCUGAUUGAACUGCUGGAGCUAACGCUAGAAACGCUCGAGCCUACUAGCGAUGAAGACUCCGCAACGAGCCCUGCGAACGAUAAUGGAGCUUCAACAGCUACAGCAACAACGGCCGAUUGUAUGGAUGAUGAAUUUGCACUCUUUAUGCAAGAGAUUAAAGAACUUCCUGCCGAACCAAAAGAAGCUGCUUGCGAGGAAGCCAAAGCAACACCGCCGGUCACAGAAUCCCAUGAUGAAUUAGAUUUUGACGGUUUGAUUGGCAGCAAGUGUUCGGCGCCACAUUUGCACAGCUGGGGCUCAACCGCAUACCAUAAUGCGAUGGUAUGUAGCCUCGAUACUUCCGAUCUGGCCGAUGCCACCGCCAAGGUGCUCUUCACUAACCCCACCCAUCGGGAGAUGAUACCCUGCGCAUACUUUCUCGAAGGAGAGUGUCGUUUCGCAGAUGACAAAUGCCACUACUCACACGGGGAAGUGGUCCGACUGGACGAGUUACGCGACUACCGGGAACCACAGUUUGAAAGACUGCGCCAAAAAGGUAGCCGAGCGCUGGUAAAACAAUCCUCACGACUCUGGUGCAAGGGUACCGUGCUGGAGGUGGAUUUUAAUGAAAAGCGAUGUAAAAUACGCUUAGAGGAAGGCAAACGUGAACAAGCGGACGUGCCGUUUGAAGAUCUUUUACCACUCGAUGACGAUGCGCACGAUUCGCCACGAGAGAGCGCUUCUGAUGACGAUUCUAGUGACGAGGAGGCGGACGAAGAAGCGCUCCGGAAGGCUCAGCUGGUGGAGAAAAGUCUCUUUCAACCGGCACCCGAUCGACGGUUAGGCGAAUGGGAGGAACACACGCGUGGCAUCGGAUCGAAAAUUAUGCAAAAAAUGGGUUACAUCGUUGGAACGGGGCUCGGUCGGGAGGGUGAAGGAAUUGUGUUACCGGUCAGUGCCCAGGUGCUGCCGCAGGGUCGUUCGCUCGAUUACUGCAUGGAGCUGCGCGAACAGGCUAACGGUGAUAAGGAUCUGUUCAGUGUGGAGAAAAAGCUUGUCCAGCUCAAGAGACAGCAGGAAAAACGGGAUGCCAAGGAUUAUGAGCGUCGGGCCAAAGCGGACAAAGCAAAGGAUGUGUUCAGCUUCAUCAACGAGCAGGUGUUUAGUGGUGGGCAAAGCUCGAAAUCAAAACCAUCGGCCCGGCAUGGUGAGCUAACGAGACACGAUCUCAAGGAACAUUCGUCCAAAAACUUGAACAUUGCUAGCCUGAAACUAUCGGAAGAGAUACGCCGAACGGAGGCCGAUGUGGAACGGCUUAAGAUAGCGCUAACACGACACAAGGCAGGAACGCCGGCGUCAGACAAUCUGCGUCGGCAGAUUGAUGCGAAGCGCGCGGAAAUAUCACGCAUGCAGGCGUCGGAAUACAACAUUUCCAAGGAGCAACAGUUGCGCACAGACAAGAAGAAGUUGACGAUAUUUUAAAAGCAGCUCCGACAGCCGUUCCGGGAUCCGCGACUAGGAUAAAUCACGUAGUAAUAAAAGAAAUAUCAAACUUAAACCGUAA